AUGGAUAUUACCCAGGCGCUCGCUGUCGCCGCCGCCGUGGGAGAAAGCUAUGCUCUAUUUAAGCUUUUAGCCCAUAUCAAACGUACCCACCUGGUGUACGGAAUCCUGGUGGAUUUCCUGAUUCUACAGUUGGCUCUGUCGCUAGCUACGGUGGUGUCUGGUCUAUUAUACCACUUUCUGGAGUCGGUAAACGUUCAAUACUUUAAGCGGUACCCCUUGGACGUUGAUGGAGGUGCCACCUACUCUAUUUUGCUCUUGGUGCAGGCGCUAGAGCUCUACUUAGCGGCAUUAUUGGCGGUGUGGGUACUCCUAAAAUACCGUGCCACUCACCACUGCUGGCAGUAUUGGAGUGUCACGUGUAUGGCGUGGCUUGCCAUAUGGGCGACGACCAUUGGCUACUUUGUCUAUUGUUGGUUGCGAGGCCGUGCCACGAUUAAUGCUCUUGAUAUUGCUGAGGCGAUCAGGGCAGGAGGCGACAUCUCGCGGGCCAUCAGAUUUAUGCCUCAAGUGACCACCAAUAUCUUUACCUCAGUGUUUAAAGGGUUCCCUCCUCGCUGGUGGCCGCUACAGAUGGUUGCCGUGGCGCUCUACGCCGUUGCAGUUGUCACUUAUCACCCGUUUGUCGCCAAUAUGCCGUCGAUGGUGUCGGUAUACAUCGAGUUGAUGCUGCUAAUCUGUCUUGGCAUCCAGCGCAUGGUAUUCGUCUCCAGCUCCGUCCUCCCAUCGUGA